AUAACAACAUUGUCACAGAUGAUCCUACAGUGGAAUACCCAAGUGAUGCCUUAGAAAACCUAGUAUCUCUUACCACUUUAUAUAUUGAUGGUUUAAGGAAUAAAACAUUUGGAUCGGGGUUUUUGAAACUAAAAUAUUUAACAAAACUGACAAUCCAGAGUAGAGGAAACAAGUGUGACAUGAGUGUUGUAACAGAGGAUACGUUAAAAUACUUACCAUAUCUUGAACAUGUAAAGAUUAUUAAUUGUCAUCUUCACUAUAUUGCAAAAGGAUCUUUUGCUCAUCAAGACAAUCUCAAAACUUUAGAUCUUUCGUCUAAUCAUGAGCUAACCUUCAAAGGUGUUACAAAUGCUACGUAUGGAAUAUCUUCAUCGCUUGAAGGGUUAUUCAUUAAUGCAAUAGUAAGUCCAUUUGCGGUUUGUGUUGUCAUUGAAAAGCCGUUUUGUGAAAACCUUCAAAAUACCAGUCUCACUGAACUGCAUGCGAAUAGUAACAGGGUGACAAUCUUUCAGGAAGGCGCUCUGAGUCUUUUCCCCAAAUCACUGAAAUACGUAUAUAUGAAAGGGAGCAGAUUUCACUAUGGUCCUUACAUUGGAGACAUUUCAUCUUUGGUAGGUUUAGAAGUGGUCAAUAUUAGAGGUUAUGGCAACAGAAGAAUGCCGUUUCCGUCAUUGAAUGAUUUCAGACACAUGUUUUUUCUUUCGAAACGCCUUAGUUCUGUAUACUUUGAUGGUGACUAUUCACCCCAUCCUCCUUUUAUUAUUCAUCUACCCCCUAAUCUAAAGAAGGUAGAUUUUUCUGUGUCACAAAUGUACUUUCAUAUCACAAGAUUUCAAGUUUAUAAGAACAACAUUACUGAAAUUGAUGCUUCACGGAACCUGUUUACGAUGUGGAUUGGCAAUGUUAUUGGAUUUGAAAAACUUGAAACCUUAAAUCUAUCAGAUAACAUUGCGAAUUUUGCCACUUCGCAAUUUUUCGGGUCUUUCAAGAACCUUAAACAUUUGGACAUUUCCAACAAUCUUUUGGGAACUGUUCUGGGGAAUAUCUCCAACGGUAACAUGUUCAGUGCUCUAAGCAAACUUCAAACGUUGGACCUAUCAGCAAACUACAUAAAUAACUACUCAUACGCUCUUUUUUCGAACCUAUCAUCACUGAGAGUGCUAAACAUUUCUAAGAAUACGAUAUAUGCCUUACACUUUGAUAUAAUACACAUGAAGAACUUAAGUGUUUUACAGUGUUCAGGGAACCAAAUACACUGGUUAACUAAAACGUUUACAACCAGUCUUGACAAACUCUCGGAUGAUCAUAAUAUAACGGUAGACCUAUCUGGAAACCCCAUCUAUUGCAAUUGCAUAAACAUUUGGUUUCUGUCAUGGAUGAUGAAAGCUAAAGCUAAAGGCGCCAUUUUCUUUGGAAAUCUUUCAGAUUAUGUAUGCAUUUAUGAUGAUGGACAUUCCGUGGAACUUGAUAACUUGGAAAAGGUUGUUGCAGAUUUAACAUCCUGGUGUCAACAUGUCUCUGUGCAUUUUGGGUUGUUCGUUGGAAUAUCUUUAGUGGUCCUUGUUACUUUUAGUGUGCUUAUUUGUUCUCUACUGUAUCGAUUUCGUUGGAAAUUGAAAUAUGUUUAUUAUGCAGCACGUCACAGAUACAGUACGACACACUCAUUCAACCACACGUUCGUCUACGAUGCCUUUGUUUCCUUCGCAGAAGAAGAUCGUGACUUUGUUGUUAAUGAGCUCCUGGUGAAGUUAGAGGAAGAGUCAGACAUGAGACUGAACUUCCAUCAGCGGGACUUCACCGCUGGUCGCCCAAUAGCUCACAAUGUCAUUGAAGCUGUUAAAACUAGUAGAAGAACACUGGUUAUCUUGUCCAGUCAUUUCUUAAAGAGCUCCUGGUGUGUCCACGAGCUUCAGAUGGCUCACAUGGAGAGUGUGUCUACUGGUAGGGACGUGUUGCUGAUUAUUAUGAUGGAGCACAUUCCAACCAACCAAAUCCCAGUGGAAAUAUUGUAUCAUAUACAAUCGGAUUCUUAUUUGGAAUAUCCACUGGAAGGAGAGAAGGUGAUGUUCUGGAGAAAUCUUAUUGGAAGUCUGAAAGAAUAA